UUCCAUAGCAUUCCAGUCACUGCAUCCUCCUCCUCAGUGACACAAAAAGGGACCGGCGCUAUAAAAGAAGUUUAUGUUCCCUCAACAUUCACACUUCACUCUCUUCCUCUUCUUCGGUCCUCUUCUUUCAGCUUUUAGUUUCAGCUAAGGAGCUAAGAUGACUUUCUACGAUGACAUUUACCCAUUCUACCCUUUACAAAGGAUCUCCUUCAUCUUCAGUGGCCGCUUGCUCACCAUUAUUCUGGUCUUCCUUGUGCUAGCAGUCAGUCUUCUUCUCAUUCUGCCAGGGAUACGAGGGAAGUCGAGGCUGUUUUGGAUGAUUAGAAUAAUUAUCAGCUUGUUUAUAGGCGUGGUGAUAGUGGCGCUCAACUUUACCAAUGACUGGGCUGAGGCCAGAAUGACCACUAAUGCCACCUACAAGUCUUUCAGCAACGCAGUGGUUAAUGCUGACAUCGGCUUGCAUGUCGGACUGUACGGGAUUAAUGUGACACUAAAGGGGAAUCCUGUUGUACAGUUCAAUGAGACCAUUGACUACAAUGAGAUGUUCAACUGGCAUGACUCUAUUGAAGAAGAGUAUGAGGAAGCUCUGGAGAAAGGUUUACCCAACCCCAUCCUGUACAUUGCUGAGAAAUUCACCAUGAGUAGCCCAUGUGGACUCAUCUUUCAGUACAGAUACUCUGGACAUUACGCCUCUGCAACCCUCUGGACGGCGUUUUGUUGCUGGAUGCUCACCAAUAUCCUCUUUUCCAUGCCAGUCAUUCUGUACGCCGGGUACAUGAUGAUGGCCACCGCUGCCUUCAUCUUCUUCUCCAUGGCCUCCUUCUCCACCAUCAUGAAUGUGCCACAGUGUGUUUUCUCCAUAGGGACCGACUCCUUUGAAACAGAGUACAGUUAUUCAUUCUGGCUGGCUCUAGCUACUGGUGUGUUGUGCACCCUCAUCGGGAUUCUGGUGGUGAUGUUGAACUUUCUCAUACCAGAGAAGAUGAAAGAGGCUUUCAGUGUUGGCGUCGACAGUGAUGAAGACGAGAAUGUUACUUAUGGGCAGGGCUACCUGAAUUCAGUUUUUCUUGAUGGAGUCACAAUUUCACCACUCACAUCAAAAGGCACAGCGGAACAUAUAUGAAGCCAUCAUGGUUUCCCUCAGGGAGCUUUUUCCGCCAAUACUUGAAGAUAUUUUUGCUGAAUGUGUUACAGAUGGAGUAUCUAAUUUCACACCUGUUUCAUUAUCUCUGCGAGCCUGUUGCAAGUGUUAUGUGUUAUUAACGAUUUAACUGUACAUAGUUGUAUUUGUAAAGUUAUGGUCAUGUUGCAUGAGUUGUAAGUACAAUAUAUAAAGUUGUAUGGGAUCCAUACACUGUGUUUAUACAAGGAUCAAUAAGGAAUAUAGGUCAUUGUUCAACUCUUUUUGUUGCUUUUGCUUUUUCAAUGCAUGAGACAAAAUAGUAAUAGUGUGACAUUAAUUACUCUUGAUAGCCUCUUUUGGAUUUCUUGCGAUACAUGCACAUUUCCCUGGUAACAACAUGUGGUUUAAUGUGCGCAUUGUUCCUGAGCAGCGUCAUCGGAUGAAGCGUCCUUUAUUCACAGCUUCUGAAAUAAAACAUAAAUGUGAAAACACGAAAGGGAAGACUGAAUAUUAAACUGCUCGGAUUAGAAUAAUUGAUUCAUCUCUAAUUCAGGCAAAGGUACUUUGCAUCUUUUCUGUUUGUAAGUACUUUU